UUGGGGAUGUUCCCUCUCUCCAGAUAGAAAAUAUCACCCUCUCAGCCUCCAGAAACUGACUUUGAAGAUGUUGGGUGUGCUGAGGUGGGUUAGGACAGUGGGGUCAAAAAUCAGAAAAUUCCUUUCACUGACUGUACACAGAAUAUAUGUCCUGGUCCUCAAAGAGCUCCGGGGCAUAAAUUUAAUUUUAGAGCCAUGGAGACCAGAGUCCAGUUCCCCCAUGGCCUAUCUCUCACUAAUGAAAAUCAGAGGGACUACAACCUGAUCCUCACGGGGAGUUAUACUCGCUGCUCCAGGGUACAGCUUGCUUUUCCUGAAAAACUUUACACCUGCGAUUGAGCGUAAUCGACCAUUUGCCCUGAGAUUUCCCACGAAGUGACUCUUCCAGAAACCUGGGUGGCAAUCCUGCCUCUCAUCUUUCUCUUUUCUUUUUUUUCCAAAUAUUCCUGCCCCUACAGACAGCCACACUGUCCACAGUUAAGUAAUGCAGAUCUUUGUAUCUGAAGGAUAUUGAAAUGUACUCAUCAUCAUCAUCAUUGAAUGGUCUCUAUAGCUCCCCCUUGCCUGGCCUCUGCAGCUGUCUGAAAACUUGGAAGUUUAAUAAGGAAACACCCAACCCAUUAAGAAUUUGAAUUCCCUCCCUAAUGGGAUCAUAGCAGCGAGUUUUCUAUGUGCAUCCCCUCACUGCCCAGGGUAGUGGCUACAGAAUGUGGAAGUUCUUUGAGAAUUCUGCCCAUCAACCCUGACGUCACACUUGCUAAAGCCGAUAUUCUGUUCUCUCUGCUUGACUGAAUGUAACAACCCUAUUCUUGGUCAUGUUGGGCUAUCCUACUGGCUGGAGGCCACGUUUCCCAGGUGACAUCCCUCCACAAACAUUCCUCCAAGGAACCUGCAAAAGAGCUGCUGAAUGAGCUCGGGAAGAGCCCUGCUCCCCCAGGGCCCCAACAGCUGCUCCUAAGCCAGGAGAGGAGGGGUCCCCCAGGCUAAAAGUGAUGGAAGCAAAUGGUACAGAUACCACAGAGAUUGAGGAGGUAGCUGAGAAGUUAACUGAAAGCACAAUCAAGGCUGCCAUUAAGCACCAGAAAGAAGCUGAAUUUAUAAUAAAAAACAUUCAAUGGGCCACGUGCCAGGACUUUACAGUGGAUCUGGGACGGCAGCAAAUCGAAGAGUACAUUUUAACAUGGGAGAUGCACGAGAGCUGGCUGCACUGGUCAGAGUACCUUCAGGAGGAAGAGCUGGAAUACACCAUUCGUUACUGCUACCGGGUGAAGUGGAGCAUCCCUACCUGCCGGAAGCCCAUCCCGCGGGCCAUUGCCUGCGUCUACUUCUUCAUCGAUCUCUCCAAGAUCAAACCUGCUUGGCUACCCGUUGAAGUAUUUUUCAUUCUGGAGUCCAGCAAAUACAUUCACAGACCCGGAAAGUCUCGUUUCAGAGAAAAGUGGCUGAAGGACAUUAUGGAAAGCAAAAUCAUCCUGAUGAACAGCAUCACCUUCUAAGAAACAAUAUCUGUCUACACUCUAAGUUCAGUUUUAUUUUACGAUUCGCUAGACUCAAGAGUGCACUACCCCAAAUAUUUUACCUCAAACCACAAACGAGUUCUUGGAAAAUAAACUAAUACAUUUAUGAUCCAGCUACA